AUGUCCGUAUGGUCUGGUCUGCUUCAGAGGUUUCAGAGUACUCUGGUAGUUGCCGAGCACAAUAAUGAGACGCUGACCCCCAUCACCCUGAACGCCAUCACUGCUGCUACGAAACUCGGCAGUGAUGUGUCCUGUUUGGUUGCUGGAACAAACUGUGCAAAGGUUGCAGAGCAGUUGUCCAAAGUUCAAGGGGUGAAGAAAGUUCUGGUAGCUCAACAUGAAGCCUACAAAGGUUUAUUGCCAGAGGAGCUGACGCCUCUCAUCUUGGCAACCCAGAAACAGUUCAGUUUCACACACAUCUGUGCGGGAGCUUCAGCUUUCGGAAAGAAUCUCCUUCCAAGAGUGGCUGCCAAGUUGGAUGUGGCUCCUAUUUCAGAUAUCAUUGAGAUCAAAUCUCCAGACACCUUUGUGAGGACCAUUUACGCCGGAAAUGCCCUCUGCACAAUCAAGUGCAAUGAAAGCGUCAAGGUCUUCACCGUUAGAGGCACUUCCUUUGAACCUGCGGCUGUGGAGGGGGGCAGCGCCUCUUCAGAGGAAGUCUCUCCGUCUGCCCCUGUUGGGGUCUCUGAGUGGCUGGAACAAACUCUAACCAAGAGUGACCGUCCAGAACUCACCAGUGCUAAAGUCGUGGUGUCUGGAGGGAGGGGCUUGAAGAACGGCGAGAACUUCAAACUGCUCUACGACCUCGCCGACAAGCUGAACGCAGCCGUCGGUGCCUCCAGAGCCGCAGUUGACGCUGGUUAUGUCCCCAACGACAUGCAGGUUGGACAGACUGGAAAGAUUGUGGCUCCUGAGCUGUAUAUUGCGGUUGGCAUCUCUGGAGCGAUCCAACAUCUUGCUGGAAUGAAAGAUAGCAAGACCAUCGUGGCCAUCAACAAGGACCCAGAAGCCCCCAUCUUCCAGGUGGCUGACUAUGGCAUAGUGGCAGAUCUGUUCAAGGUUGUACCUGAGUUGACCGAAGCCUUGAAAAAGUGAGACGAAGACGGUACUCACCUGGAGAACUUCACUAGGAGCCUGCCUUAAGAAGCUCAGAGCCAACACUCCACUGAUGGUCUCCUCCUGAAUGUGAUUUUCCUUCAGAACACCUAUAUGUACUUACAAUAGCUAAUGUAAACAUUAAACCACUUCUUUUAAUGAAACACAAGCCUGACACUUAAAAAAAAAAAAGACACUGGACAUUUGAUUUUACCAACUUUUAAUUGCUUGACAAUCUCUCCCAUUGUCAGUUUGUAAAAUCCCAUGUCGAUAACAGGAUUAAUUUGCCUCAGUCAGAAAGCAGAUAGAUCUUUUCAAAGGCUCAUGCUAUUGGGAUGGGGGUUAAGGUUAAGGGUUAUGACAACAUUCUAACCAUAAUUUCUCAUAAAAAUCUUCUAAUGCUGUAUACCUGAAAUGUUCGCCUAUCGUUUGAGCUCCAUGUUUUAAAAAUACUUGAGUUUAGCACUUUUUUUUUCUCGCAUAGAACUUGAAUACAAACAUCAGCAUCAGUAAUGUAAGAAAGGCAAAGGUAAGAAAUUUGGCUGAAUCACACAGCUCGACACAUUUGAACACGAAUCAAAUGUAACCCUGCAGCAUUGGGGGAAAAGGACUGUACAUUGUGUGUCAGUUACAUUUCGUACAAAUAAACAAAUCGACAAAUAAAAACUCCCUCCCAUGCCA